AUGGAGGACAUUCCCCCGUACUUGGGAACAUCCUGCCUCUCUAAGGGCUGGUUCUUGGACCUGCCACCAGGGAAAAGAACUUUCAACUACAUCCCCAUACCGGCUCUCUGCGGGACCCUCGUGCAUGCCUCUAGCCGCCUCACCAUUAUACCACCUCAGGCUCCGCCCCAGGAGCCGGCACCGCCACGCCAAGCCGCCGCUAUCGCUCUGCCUUUCGGAUCCCUCCUGCCGGAGCGACAGCUGGGUUGCCCUCUCCACAGCCGAUAUCGCCUCCCUCGCUGUUUCCCUACAGGAGUUGACUGUCAGAGUAGCCUGAUGUUAGGAAAUAAGACAAGGAUAACAGAAAUCAUCCUUCUGGGAUUUGGAGACUUGGCUGACUUUCAGAUUCUUUUUUUCUUGACAUUUCUAGUGAUUUACAUUGUAGCCAUAACUGGAAACAUUCUUAUCUUAGUGCUUGUUAUCUUUGAUCGGCACCUGCAUACGCCCAUGUACAUUUUCCUGGGGAAUAUCUCAUUUCUGGAGGUUUGCUACACCUCCAAUAUAUUUCCAAGAAUGCUUUUGAAUCUCCUGACUGGGAAAAGAGCGAUUUCUUUCAGUGGCUGCUUCACCCAGUGGUAUCUCUGUGCUGUUUUGAUAGUUUCAGAAAGCUGUUUGUUCUGUGCAAUGUCUUAUGACAGGUAUCUGGCAGUCUGCAAACCUCUCCAUUAUGCAGUUAUGAUGAAGACUCAAAAUUGUGUCCAGUUAGCAGCUGCAUCUUGGAUCAGUGGAUUUACAAUUUUUUUGGUCUUGCUCAUUCUGAUGUUACAAUUAAAUUAUUGUGGCCCUAAUGAAAUUGAUCAUUACUUUUGUGACUUCAUGCCAAUCUUAAAUCUCUCCUGUAGUGAUACCAAAAUGAUUAAACAGUUGAAUUAUGUUGUGGCUGCUGCUUUUGUGCUUUCUCCAUUCCUUCUCACCUUGACAUCCUAUGUAUAUAUUAUUGCUGCCAUCUUGAAAAUUUCCUCCAUUACUGGGAGACAGAAGGCCUUUUCUACCUGUUCCUCUCACUUGAUUGUUGUUUGCAUUUUCUAUGGAUCUAUAAUUGCUGUGUAUAUGCUGCCAAAGGCUGAAGGAAAAAGAAACACAACAAAAUUUCCCUCUCUUCUGUAUAUAGUGCUGCCCCCUCUUGUCAACCCUUUUAUCUACAGCUUGAGGAACAAGGAAGUCAAAGAGGCUUUGAGAAAUAUCAUUGGGAGGAUUUUGCAUUACAAACUCAUCUCAUAA